AUGGCACCUUUAAUAAGGACUAAAGACCAUCAAUUCCGUUCGUUCGAGACCCGCGUCUCCACGCUCACGCGAGCUGUUAACUUGGUUCUAUACUGUUCAUAUGGAAUCUGCAUUCUGCUGCCAUUGCCCAAUCCAAUUGCCAAAAUAUCAGUUGCAGUUUUCACCGGAUUAUACACUUUUGUCAUGCUGCUAUUUGCUGUGUAUGUACAGUUAUCGCAGAGCCACAUCGAUUCUUUGCCUCAAAAAGAGGAUCUGGGGCAGCAGCCGGUCAGAGCAAUUUUCCGGCGACUUCUGAACAUGCCUUCGGUGAUAAUUGACCGGAUAAUGGGACUAUUGAUUCAUCUUUUGGGGAUAGCGUAUCGCUUCGUUUCCGGAAAGCAAGCUUCUACACACUCAGAGGCUCCCCUCAUUUCCAGUAGAGUGCUUUCGUUUUUGAUUCUGACUCUGCGGAAAGAAGUGGCAUUUUUGUGUUGGGUAUAUAUCACCACGGAAGAUUCUACGGCCGUUCAUUACAAGUCGUUCGUGGCCAUGUGUUCUAUGACCACCAUCCACCAAUGGUUCAUUAUUUCCCAGAAACAGGGUGUUGAGACCACCAAAAGCUCCGCAUCGCUUUUGUGGAAGAGCAAGUCGAAGAACUCCAAAAGAGUGCGCUGGUAUAACUCUGGAAGGGUGUAUUUUGUUGGGUGUGUCAUUCUAGCAAUCUCGGUUCCGGUGACCAUGUAUAAGCACCAGAUAGAACACCAUCAUCACAACGAAAGCUGGCUGACUGUGAUAGACACGCAGCAGUUAUGCUACUGGUUCCUGGAUUUGCAGUUUACCACCACUGUUUUCCAGGAUAUCAUGGAUUUGGAGUUAAGAGUAGUGAAUGGUGCCCACGGAGGUGGAGUCCUACGAUCGGAUGAUGAAAGAGUUCAUCUGGUGUAA